CUAAGAUUGAUAAUCGCCCGGCAUCCAAUACUAUUUUUAUGGGUAUGGGAAAAAUUGCGUACCCCUGUUAAAAAUUGUGGGGAUACCAUCUUCGGGUAGUGACAGUGUCGCGAUUUGGAGCUGAGUAGUACGUCGGUUUUCGGUUUGGUGACAAUGUCUAGCUGCACUUUAUUGAUUAUUGCGGUUGCGGUGGUGCUUCUCGGUACCGUCGAGUCUAAGAGUAAGGUUUGUGAAAUACCGGAAACGGCCCCUCAGAAGAUCGAAUCGGUCAUCAACGAAUGUCAGGAUGAAAUUAAGAUUGCCAUUUUAUCAGAAGCUCUGGAGGCUUUGAGCAUCACCGAACACAAGAACAGCAGGGCUAAGAGGAGCGCAUUUUCGAGGGAUGAAAAACGAAUUGCUGGGUGUCUGUUACAAUGUGUCUACAGGAAGAUGAAAGCUGUGAACGAAAAGGGAUUUCCGACCACCGAAGGUUUGGUGAAGCUGUACACUGAAGGUAUCACGCAGAAGGAAUACAUUCUGGCCACGCUUCAGUCCGUCAGCACUUGUUUGGUUGACGCUCACAAGAAACAUUUGACCACACCCCAAGCCAUCGAACAGGAAGGAAAAACAUGUGACAUAGCCUACGACAUAUUCGACUGCGUCUCAGAAAAGAUCGGCGAGUAUUGCGGCCAGACGCCGUAAUUCCACGUUCCACGUUGUUUAAUUUUUAGAAUUACUGCCGUUUUGUACCAAAGCAAACAGAACAACCGCACAAUUAUCUGCAAUCAUCCCGAACGGUCGGUUCACAAUAUUAUUUGGUUUGUUUUUAAUGUAGACUUCGAUCGACCGUCGUUUUAUCUGCAUCGUAAGUUUGCGAUUUAAAUGCAAAUUUUAACUGGGGAAUUUAAAUUUAGACUUAACCUGCUUGGCUAUGAUUAUUAGUUAAUAGUUAAAUGUUAGUAGACUUGCAAUUUUGUUUUGUUUAGGAAUAUUAUAUAUUUUAUUAUGUAAAUAUGUGUAUAGUUUU